AUGACCACUUCAACUUUUCUUUUCUUUUUCAGCAAUCAGAAUUGCAUCUGCAUUGCGAUGAUCCACAUGCACAGAUUCUUCACCGUUCAUGCAUUUGCCUUCUUCAAUAUGUACAAAGAGGUUGCCGCAGCGUGUCUCUUUUUGGCCAGCAAGAGCGAAGAAUGCCCCAGGAAGCUUGAGCACGUGGUGGAAGUUUGGUUCAGGUUGAAGUUCAGGAAAGCAGAAGUGCAGCCGCCGUUUAACGAAGCAGCGAGAAAGAACGGCGCGCAACUACUAGUCUACCUGGAAGGCAUUCUGCUGCAGACGAUUGGCUUUGAGCUCCAUGUUGACCUUCCUCAUCCUAUUAUUAUUAUAAAUAUGAAGAAAUUCAAACAAGAAAGCCAAAAAUUGACCGAGUGUGCUUAUUGGUUCGCAACAGAUAUCAUUCAACUGACAAAUUGGUGCAUUCGCUUCAAUGAGAGGACAAUUGCUUGUGUUUGCAUUUAUUUGGCUUGUAGUUGGGCAGAUUAUGAGAUCCCUCAGACAGAUGACUGCCCUUGGUUCAACUCUAUAGACCCAGACAUGACUGUUGAACUUUUAAAUAGUUUAAUUAACUGA